UAAUAUUAUCCGUAUUCACAUAUCUAGAUAUAAGACAUUAGGUGGUUUAUAUAACUUCAGAUAUAGUGGCACACCAGAUACAAGUUUGGUUCAGAGCUGGUAGGGUUCAGGUUCAGAUAUCCAUGACUUCGGGGUCUGGUAUGAAUUGAAGGUUUAGAUGACGGAGAAGAAUGAAGGACGGGUUGAGAUAUAUAGUUUACUCAGGGUAUCCUAAACAACAGGAGCAGAUUCCACCAGACCAAGGAGAGACAAAAUAUGAAACUGUUCCCUUUUCUGCUUUUUCUCAUUAAACUCAGCAGAAUUGUGAUGUGUCAGCCCCUCACGGUCGGAAUAGGCGGAGUAUUUAACACCCCUCUCAUGCCAGAUUCUUCUGUUUAUGCCUUCGAUCUAGAUUAUCAGAACAGAGACUACAACGACCAGCAGUAUUACCCUAGUUACGACUACUAUCAUGACUACGAUCACAGUGAAUCCCGACAUUCUGGUCAAAGAUACGAAGACGACUCAUGGCAACGUGGGCUCAAUAUAUUCUGCAGUGGUGCAUACUGCGCAUAUCAGCUACACAGCGGGAGAGAGGUGUUAAUGCAGUGAAGAGAACGUUUAAUUAAGCAUUAAAUUAGCGUUAUGUUAUUGUUAUUGUUUUGUUUAAUAAAAUGAGAGGUUGUUGCGCA